ACUUUGGCAUCGGUUUGUUUAAUGCACGUUUACGUCAAUCUAGGGAUUUUUAAGGCUAUAUUUAUCAUUGUUUUUAUUUGACAUUUUGCUGAAGUUAAAUAUAUUAAAUAAAAAAUUACGAAAAUUAAAAAUUAUUGAAGCAUUUUUAAACAAUAUGUGCAUUUAAAAUUCGUGUAAAUUAAAAUGGAGAGAAGUUAAUCGGUAUAACUUAUCGAUAGCUUGGUCCAUCGCUAUAGGUAAAACUUGUCUCAUUCCGUCGCGAAUCCAUUUGGCCGUCAAUUGGGGCAAUUGGAGUUUGUAGAGUAUUGUUUAAAAGUGAAUAAACUCGGUUUUUCUGGCUCAGCUAAGUUAUUGCCAGCUUAUUGAGAAUCAUUUUUUUUAAGUUUAAGCUGUGAUUAAUUAUACAUAUUUAUAUACAUACAUAUAUAGUGAAAUAUCAUUCGUAAUACGAUUUUUGUGUGGUGUUGCAUAUAUUUUGUUUUUUGUGUGCAAAGCAGUAACCUUUAUUGAAGUAAAGUUAAAAAGAAGAGCGACUUUUUAAGCCGUGCCAAUUCGUAUUGUGACGAGUUUUUGCAUUCCAAUAGAUCGACAUCAGUAAAAGCUAAAACCAGUACAAUGGAAGACUUGGACGCACUCCUCGCCGAUCUGCAGAGCAGCGUGCCCGGCAAUCGUCCACCACAGUACAAUACCUCAAAUAUUAAUUAUGGCGAUAGCUCAGGCUAUGGCAGUUUGCGUGGUAAAGCAGCGCCGCCACCGGUAGUGCAUCAAGAACACUACAGCGUUACCGAAACAAGAACAGCGCCUUCGCCAACUCGAAGUGUUGGCGGCUACAAUGGUUUGGGCAGCAGCAUCGGAUCGUCACCCGUGGGGCAGUCAUAUAGUUAUCAAAAUCAGGGAACACUUGGACGAACCGGCGGUGCUUACAAUGGUUCGCCCGUGCAACAAAACUCGAAAAAUCUGUCUGAACUGGAUUCGCUAUUGGAAGAUUUGAGUAAUGCCAGAUAUAAUAGUAAUUAUGAAAAAAAAGAAAACAUAGUGCCAACGAGUUACAACUCAAACUCAAAGUAUAAUACCUACAAUUCCAGCGAUGAACGGCCAACAAUUGAUAGCCUCCUUAGUGAAAUGGAUAACGCCUCAAACUAUGCUGUACCUAACGGUAGCCUUACCAAGUCGCCGACGCCUGGACGACACGUUAGCAUUACAGUUCGUGAGACCAAAACUGAGACACUUGCGCCGGAAGGCCCUGUUGGCAUUGUUGAAAAGGAAAUCGUACAGAAUGAUAUUUAUUUACCAAAUCAAGCGCCGCCAUCGGGUUAUGCAUCGUCAGCAACUAAAGAGUUGGAUGAUUUAAUGGCAUCGCUGUCUGAUUUUAAGGUUAAUAACGGUUCGAACCAUCACCACCAAACAGUUACCGAUUACGCUAAGCCGAAUAAGGGCGUAUCACAUUUAACGCAAACUAUCACCGAGACCACCACUUCUACCGUUGUAGAAGAUAACGAACCAGAUCAGUUGGAUUCUAUGCUUGGUAGUUUACAAGCCAAUAUGAGUCGUCAAGGAGUCAAUACCGUGCAAAAGGGCUGCUGCAAUGCUUGCGAAAAGCCAAUUGUCGGACAAGUGAUCACAGCCUUGGGCAAGACCUGGCAUCCGGAGCACUUCACAUGCAAUCACUGCAACCAGGAGUUGGGCACACGCAAUUUCUUCGAACGCGAUGGCUUCCCAUACUGUGAGCCGGACUAUCACAACCUGUUCAGUCCACGUUGCGCUUACUGCAAUGGCGCUAUUUUAGAUAAAUGCGUAACAGCUUUGGAUAAGACAUGGCACACGGAGCACUUCUUUUGCGCACAGUGCGGACAGCAAUUCGGCGAGGACGGUUUUCAUGAACGCGAUGGCAAACCCUAUUGCCGCAAUGAUUACUUCGAAAUGUUCGCGCCCAAGUGCAAUGGUUGCAAUCGUGCUAUUAUGGAAAACUACAUCUCGGCGCUGAACUCGCAAUGGCAUCCUGACUGCUUCGUCUGCCGGGACUGUCGGCGACCCUUCCAAGGUGGCUCUUUCUUCGAUCACGAAGGUCUACCCUAUUGUGAGACACAUUACCAUGCAAAACGCGGCUCCCUUUGCGCCGGCUGCUCUAAACCCAUCACAGGUCGCUGCAUUACUGCCAUGUUCAAGAAGUUCCAUCCGGAACAUUUUGUGUGCGCCUUCUGCUUGAAGCAGCUCAAUAAAGGCACAUUCAAGGAACAAAACGACAAGCCAUAUUGCCACGAAUGCUUUGAAAAGGUUUUCGGUUAAAUAGUUUAACUAAAAUCAUCGCCCAAUAGUAGUCAAGACUAUCACAACAGUCGCAUAUACUGUACAUGCAUACUAAAUAUUAUACAUAAAGAUUAUGUAUGCGCCGCCUAUGUUGUUAGUGUUAGACGUUGGAAAAACGCGUGUUUAUUUUUUAUUUGAAAGAUAACUUUUUGUAAUUUCAACUUUUUCGCUAUUUCAAAAUUGCAUUUUUUUUGCCACGUAACUUGAAAUGUAAAAUAAUUUUGCGCAAACAUUCAAACUUUAGCAUAUAGUUUAUAAUAUUUAAUUAAUUAUAUAUUUUUUUAUUAACCCCAAAGUGCUUAAUGUAACCCAUGCUUAAAUGUUAUGCCGACCAAUCAUUUUUAUUUUUAGACAAUUUUUUGUACCACCUUUUCUUCGUUCUUUAUGUAAACGUAAAAUUCGUAAGUUACAGUUAACAUUUUUAUAAUUUACUGUUAUUAGGUAUACAAAUUACAUUUGUCUUAUAAACGCUAAACUUUGUUGAUAAUAUGUACUAAAAGUAAUCGUUUAUUAUUCGAGUUUGCAAUCGAAAUAAAAGUGGUCUAUAUUCCAACUGUUGGAAGUUCCGAAAAAUUGUAAGAGAUUGUUACCGUAUAUAAAGAGUCAUGAGCAAUUAUUAACGAUUGAAAUUUAUUGGGGAAGCGAAUAAAUCGAAUUGAAUAAAUUUAUAACGAAACAAACUA